GGAACAACAUUGCUUUGGCUCAUUUCCAUCUUGUAAAACAUUUCCUAUCAUAUUCUCUGUCCCAUCUUUUAUUCUUAUCUCUAUUCAUAUUGUAAUUGUCUUUGUAACCCAUUAAUAUAAUAUGCUUCAUGCCAAGCUCUGGUGCCUGGGUAAGGCAGAUUUCCAUACGAAAGACAACUUGACCGAGGGCUGUGUUUCUGCAUUCCUACUUCGAAGAUCUAUAGGACAUGAGAGCUGCACAAUCCAUUCGACAUCUUGUUUACUUUCAGGGUUGGCAACUAUAUGAAAAUCAACUCUUGGUCGAGUGAUAAUCACGCCGAAAAGACAACCAGAAGAUCAACAUAAGAAAGAGACCUCCUCUCUAGGUCCUCUAUAUUCUGUCUUCUCGAUCACGUCAGUGGAUUGAUUGGAUCUAAAGAUGGCUUAUAGCGAGAAUGUUUGUCAAAUAUGUGCUGUAUCAUUCAAUCUAGCAAGGUGCCGCACAAAAUAUGAACCACCAGAGGCUGCCUGGGGCGUUUCGACUAGUAUGUAUUAUGCCAGAGGAACGACCACCUGCUAUGAUUUGUCAGAAGAAAGCGGCUGCGAGAAAAAAGCCAGAUAUGGACCAUUAACUGAGCAUAUUGCUGGUCCAAAUUGCGUUUUCGGUGGGGGCUACAGCGGACAUCGUAUUUCAGUGGCACAAAUGAAGGAUAUGAGGCUAUCUCGCUACAUCAUUAAGAAACCAGAAAAUAUUUCUGAAGAGGAAGAUGCACCAGAUUAUGAAAAGUGCAGUGAUUACUUUAUCACUGAUCAGUCAAUCACCACCCAAGAUCAUUGGCAGCCGGGUGACUUACCCCGUUACCGUUACGGUGUCAAUACGUUCUUGGCUAUGAAUUAUGAAGUGGUAAAUGAACAUGGAUUUCCUCGUGGCGUCCCAGUUCACGAUUCAUGCUGGAAAAUCUUCGAACGUGUUUCAAAACUUCGACUGGGGAGGGUUGACCUCCAAGGAUUCAUGGCCCUUUGGCAUAGGUCUGCAUGUUCAAAUUGCGGUUUCCAGAGUAUUAAACAGGAAUCAAUAAUAAAUGAGUGUAAACAGCAGUGGUGGAAUCAUAUUCCUGGCUCGGAAUAUCUUGCGGCCAAUCCUCAUGAUAUCCCGGGAUUUUCUCUUAUAGUAUUAGAUGCAUAUAAACACCAGAAUCCUUAUGAUAAGGAUAUGGGGGCUGUUUGGCGCAGGAGACAAUUCAAAGGAGAUUCAUUGCAGCCAUAUGUGAACUCAACAGAUCUUUUCGAAAAACUUCCAAUCGAACUUAAGCAAAUAAUUUUAUGCGAACUUGGAUCUAAGGAUAUCGCAAACCUCCGCCUGGUAAGUCGCGCAUUUCGUCAACUUCCCCAGCAGCUGUUCAGGGAUCUCCUUGUGAAGGAGCUUCCGUGGUUCUGGGAGAUCGAUCAGAUUCAACAGCGCAAAAUGGAAAUUUUUCGAAAAAUGCUCCUCGAACGACAUGGAGAAGAUCUCGCAGGACUGAACGAAAGAAAUGACUCUGAGUAUGUACAAUUUUUUAAAGAUUGUAUCGCUAUGAAACCACCAAGUUUUGUUUGGAAGCGAGUUUAUGAUCAGGUCAAACGCUUACAGAAAGGGAAUCUGGGAGUGAGGAAUAGGGUGAGGGUCUGGGGAUUAGCGGAGAGAAUAGUGGAACGCAUUGGCCGUUUGAGAGGUAUGGAAAGUGCUGGGAAAAGACAUGAUCUAAAGGGCGAUGAGGAUAAUUUGCAGGUCGAACCUACGCAGGAUGAAGUUGAUAGCGGCGCUGUUAAUCAUGGGUACGAAUGUAGUGAAUGUAAUCAUUACCAGAUUGAGAGAAUGGAAAUAUCGAGCGAACGCUAGAUGUAUAGGAUAUUCUCUAUCUCAUCAAUUGCUUUAUAUUCAACAUUAACUUAGCAUUUCAAGUCGUUUAAUAAUCUUAUUGAAAUCUAGGAAUUGCAUUCAUCUCA